AUGCAGCGGCGGUGGGACGAUGUUGACUUCGCCGACACCGGAGAGCUUCUACAGCGUUGCGAGUCUUUUGGGUAUGCUGUCUCUCGAAACCACCAACACCAGACGCAGGGUAGGGUGGAUUCAGGUUGCUUCAGCCUCGUUCUUCUUUGCACUCGCAACGAGUUUCCGCGCCAAUGGGACGCUGCUCGUCGGGUAUCUCGCAUUCAGACUCAUCGGAGAGGCAAGAUCGAGUAG